AUGGCCUUCGAAUCCGUCUCCAUCUCGCUGCCGCAGGCUUCCCUCUUCCAGUUCCCUCCCAAUCCCAACUCGGGUUUUGUACCCCCGCCACCUUCCGGCAGCACAUCCUUCGCCCCGCCAAUUGAUAUCCCAGACCACAUCUACAACGCCGUCCUUGACCCCAAGGUUCCCAUCACCAUCGCCGCCGUCUAUGCGAUAACCGCCAAGGCCCUCAACGCCUACAACAAGUCCACCAACAAGAAGCCUUGGGCUAUCAGCAAGACUCGCGCCUUCCGCUGGUUCGUCAUUGCUCACAAUGUCUUCCUCGCUGUUUACUCGGCCUGGACAUGGUGGGGGAUGCUGGGUACCAUGAAGCGCAGUGUGGUCAGCCCGCUCGGGCCCGAAGGGGUCUCUGGCUUCGUCGACUCCUUGUGCCGGGUCAACGGACCCGCUGGCCUGGGCAAUGCCGCCUUCUUCAACGAUGACACCAACACCUGGCAGACCUUCUCGCCGGAGCCUGUGCUGGACGACCAAGGUGUCCCUAGCCGGUUUGCUGCUGGGCGCAUGUGGAAUGAGGGACUUGCCUUCUACGGCUGGCUCUUCUACCUCAGCAAGUUCUACGAGGUCGUCGACACACUCAUCAUCCUCGCCAAGGGCAAGUACAGCUCGACCCUGCAGACGUACCACCACGCCGGUGCAAUGAUGUGCAUGUGGGCUGGCAUGCACUACAUGUCGGUGCCCAUCUGGAUCUUCGUCUUCUUCAACUCGUUCAUCCACGCCCUCAUGUACACAUACUACACCGUGACUGCCUUCAACAUCCGCGUGCCUGUAUUCAUCAAGCGCACCUUGACGUCGAUGCAGAUCACUCAGUUCCUGGUCGGUGCAUCGUGCGCGAUGGUGCACUCCUUCAUUAACUACACCAUCCCGGUCAUCUCCGGCUCCCAAACCGAUGCCCCUGCCUCUGCCGCCUCUGCCGCCGCCAACGGCUCCGUGGUUGCCGCCACCGGUGGCGUCUUCGACAGCGUCAAGGGCACGUACGCACGCCAAUCUAUGCCCUGCAUCACCUCGAGCGGCGAGACCUUCGCCGUCUGGCUCAACGUCUUCUACCUCGCCCCGCUGACCUACCUCUUCGUCUCCUUCUUCAUCGAGAGUUAUCUCCGCCUCAUGAACGCCAACCAGUCCCGCAGCCGGGGUGGUGUUGAUACCAGCCUCGCCGCCCGCCGCUUGAGCAACAACGUCCAGCUUGCCGAGAAAGCUGGCUGGGAGGCUGCCAAGAAUGUCGAGCGUGAGGUCUACGGUGAGAGCAAGGAGGAGGCGGUUGUGUCCGAGACCAAGAACGUCAGCGGACGGGUGCUACGGAGCAGGAAGUAA